AUGAAUUUUUAAAUAAUUCAAACAAUCACAUUUUACUUUUUCAUCUGGGUCAUCAAACCCAUAGCGAAUGUCGGGUUAUCAUUGACUUACUAUUCAGCCUACAUAGCAAUCCAUUUAACAGAUUAUGUCCUUUCAUUAUUUGUCAAAGAAUGUGAAUCAAGAAAUCAAACAUUUUUGCACAAGCUUCGCAAAAUACUCAACAAACACAAACCCUAUUUAGGAGUCUAUACAUAAGCAACUGAUAUCAUAUCAGAUUAGGGUUAUAACUUUGAAAGCCACAAAAUAAUUACGGAAGAUGGAUAUAUUCUGACAAUAUGGAGAAUCUACAAAGAUGUAACUCAUCCACACCCUCAUCCCAUCAUUUUGCAACACGGAUUAUUGGAUAGUUCAUGGUCUUGGCUCAUCAACAACGAUAAAAAGUUAACCUUGCCAUACAUCUUGGCCGAACAAGGCUAUGACGUAUGGCUUGCAAAUAAUAGGGGUAAUAAAUAUUGUAUUGGACAUACAAAAUUCUAAAGUGUAGACUACAAUCAACAAUAUUGGGAUUGUUCCUUUGACGACUUAGCCAAAUACGACUUCAAGGCCAUAGUGUUGUAUGUGAAGAAUGUCACUCAAAGAGCAAAAGUCAUAUAUCUAGGCCACUCCCAAGGAACUACCCAAGCAUUUGCUUACCUCUCAAAUAACAUUGAAUUCCAAAACCAUCUUAAAUGCUUUAUCGGGCUUGGUCCAGCCAUGUUCAUUUCUAAUUUACGAUCGGCCUUCUUGUAAUGGGCUAUUAAGUUGUACAUAUUUGAAUUGAUCUAUUAUUUGGGAAUCCCCUAUUUCUUUGUUUUUGAUGACGGGUUUAACAUUAAAAUCGGAGCUCUUUGCUAUAUGAUUCCUUCGAUAUUCAGAAGCUUCUUCUUUGAGGUUACCAAUUAAUUGUGCGGUUUUCCUUAGAAAAAUAAAAUCGAUUUGAAUCGUUUUGGUAAUAUGGUUGCUCAUGAGCCAGGAGGUUCAGCAUCUAAAAAUAUCGUAUAAUGGAUGCAAUUCUUUAGAUCAAAAUAAUUGUAAUACUUUGACUAUGGGGCUAGUUAAAAUUUGGCUUUGUAUGGAUAGAGGGAUCCUCCUCCAUAUCCAGUGGACAAUUUGAAGAACUUUACAAUUCCUAAGUACUUUUAUUUGGGAACAAAGGAUAUAAUUACAGACACAGAUGAUUUGGGUAAGAUGUUAAAUAAGUUGGAUUAAACUCAUAUGAAAGUAGAGUUCAUCGAUGAUUAUGCUCAUUUAGAUUAUGUGUGGGCAGUUGAUGCUCAUGUUAAAUUGUAUCCAUCCAUUUUAAAAAACAUCAAGGAGAAUUAAAAUUGA